CAGAGACAACAACAACAACACACCAGUCUGCGGGUGCUGGCCUCCAGCUCUCAACAACAACAACAAACAGUAGUUCUCGUCGCCCAUAUAUCAACAACAACAACACCGUCACACGCCCGCCCUCCUAUACUGCUUGUAUACACGCCAUCUCCACAUGUUUUAGACAUUUACUGAGGUCAAUUUCUAGGACCCGGACGGCCGAGGCGCGACCCAGUCAUGGGGCGUCGUCUGCCCCAUGUCGUCGUCUGUCCAGCUGACGAUUGACAAUGGAAUGCGCAGUAUAUAAGGAACAAAGUCUCAACUGUCAACCAGCAAACACUUACACUAAAUUGUCCUCAUAUCAAUUAAAAUUACAAAGGAGGAAGCCAAAAGAAGAGUAACAUGGAAGAUAAAAUUGAAGAUAAUGCAGGGAUGGGGACAAAACCUCAAGUGAAAGACCUUUUAGCACACAUGGACCCUAUGAUAUAUCUAGCAGGAACUGCUGACAAUACCUCAGAAAUGUUGUUAUACCUUUCUGACAUGGAUCCUGCAUUUCACAAGUUGCUGCUGGUCAAAAGUUUGAGAAAAGGAAUGCGGGAGGAACUUAGUGCAGUUAUAGAGGGACUUGUUGAAGAUUACCUGAAGGAACAUAAAGGAAAAAUGCGAUCUGAGAACCCAGUUGAUUUCUUAUUGGAAAAAGUUGUAUCUGAAGAAAAAUUUAAUGAUUUUUUGAAAAAUGUUAAGUUAAGCUUGGAAAGUUCAGUGCAAGACAUUACUAAUCAUUUUGAUGAUGAAAUAGUGACAGGAAUGUUUGCAAAUUAUGAAGAAACCACAUACGCUAGCCCAAAUAACUCAAAUGAGUCUUCUUUAAAUUCCUCAUUAAAUCAAUCUGGACUCUUAUUUUUGCACCCAGCACAAUAUCAUAACAUAGCCAAAUGUCUUCAAAGCAGAAAAGAUAGAGAAGCUUGCAAUGAUUCCUUAAAUAUCUUGCUAGCAGUAACACCUUGCGAGCCAGUGAUGCAGGAUUGUUGGUGUGACUUAAAGAAAGGGCUAAGAGAAUGCCUGUUUGAUGACACACCAGAAAUAUUUGACAAAGCCUUGAAGGUACAUUGUAAACUUCUAACAUCUCAAGUACAUAAUGCAGUAAAAGAGGCAUAUUUAAAUCUUUUGGGUGCUGUUGCUGGCUUUUACAUGUCUAAGCGGUUUCUUUCAAAAAUUCCAUUAAAGGGAGAAAAUAUUAAUUUGAACUCGUGUGCAAACAUUAUUAGACUCUUAAAAAUCUUAAUUGACUUUCAAAAAGAACUACCUCUUCUUUGGAUAAGAUAUCCGGAAAGAUUUGUUGAUGAUAUGGUUGAAGCCACAUUUAACUUAUUAGGUUUAAAUCUUUCCAUCAAGGAUAAUAAACAGAUGACAGUACUGGAUAUGUAUUCUGUAAUUGACCCCCAAGCUUCAUGGCUAAGAAAGUGGGUACAUGGGCAGUGGGGAAGAAGCAAAACGUUUUCUGCAAUGAGAAGUAACUCAAUGGUACUUCUCCACUCUGUGUCAUUUUGCAUUAAACACUUGGAAAAUGUGACAGAAAUUUCACAAGUAGACACUAGAGAGAUAAUUAGUUCUAGCCUUGUAUCUCAUUUAAGAUUUGUCCAUAGUAUUAAUGUAAUCAUGGCAGUCCUGGAAUAUUCUGAUGGAAGGAAACUCUUUCCUGUGAAUGUUCCUUCCAAAGAAGAGCUGGUGACCAUGCAAGGAAUAAUUCAAACUCUUAUCAGAGCAGUUAACUGCAAUAUAUCUGAAAUAAUAAAUAUAGAAGUAAGUAGUCUGUUAAACAAGUUCUGUUCACAUGAUGAAAUGAAAAGUUGGAUUUUAUGUGAUGCUGGAGUUGUAGAGUUACUUCUUCAAGAAGUGAGCAAUUUUGAUAACCUCCCACAACAGAAAAAAGAUUUGAAAGGAGAUUUAGAAAAAAUGAUUCCAUCAAGUUAUAUUAAGGCUGUCCUUGUUAUUCUGGAUACCAUUUUAGCAACUCACAUUGGACAAAAGUACAUCUUACUAGGAAGGAAGAGGAAAUCCAGUUCCAAAUCUGGCUUGUCUGGGAUUAUUAGCAGCCCAGCACAUGAAGUGAUGAAUUUGGUUUUACACAUAUUGAGAAGUAAACAUGCCAGCUCAGAUUUAAAAAGGAUUUCAAUCAGUGUCUGCUGCAACUUGCUUGCCUCACCGAUAGGCAUGCACAUGUGUGCUAAACAUCCUCUCAUAGAAAGUGUGAUUGAACACCUCAAGAAUAAAAAUAAAUCGGUUUCAACAGAAAAAAUCUCACUUGGGAUUGAUCCAAGAACAAGUGAGUUACUUCAUCUUAGCGUUCCACAGUCACUGCCUCUGCUGACUACACUGUUGCUGUCGUAUAAAGGAUUCUUUCUCUUGGAGAGUGAAGGAGUGUUACCUUUGGCACUAACACAGGUUUUGCCAGAGAUGGCCAGAAAGGGCACCCUGAAUGCCAAAAUUCUUGCAAGUGUUUGCUGCUCACCACAAGGAUGUUCUGUUGUUGGCAGUUUAAAAGUCUUGCAGCCAUUCUGGGAUAUUCUUGGCCAUGUAGCAAAAGGGGAAGAGCUGCUACAGCAAACUCCUACAGAAGAGGAGAAAGAAGAAGCAAUAGAAGCAGCAGCUGCACCACUCAUGGCAUUAACAGCAACAUAUCAAGGAACACAACUGGUCUUCAGUGAACAGGGCUUACUGAGAGCUGUAUCAGAGUCACUUUACUCUCCCAGUGAAAUGUUAACAGAGAUGCACACCAUUGCUCUGAGGCUCCUAGCAUGUGCCACAUCAGUCCUGGACUCUGUAGCGUUCCUCCAGGCCUCAUUUGGUUAUCAGGAUGAGUUGCUUGCACAACAGCUCCAAACGAGAUCUGGAGAAGGGGACUCUAUUAUCGUGGAUGAAAACUCUAUUCUUCGUAACCAUAUAUUGGUGAAAUCUUAUAUGAUGGGCAGCAGCAGUGAGAGAUGGCUUCCCCCUAUUGAUAUUGACGAGUUAUCCACAUCAAGCAUGCCUCCUCUCUUCAGUCAGUAUCCAGCUCCAAGAGAUUAUAUUCCUAUAAAACCUAUUCGUUCUAUGCACAAGAAACAGAAUGAAGUUUGGAGAUUUCUUACCGACACUCGCCAUGGUCUUCAUGACAUAGGUUGGCUCAACCAUUGUCGUAAGGCUGUCCGUGCUGUACUCUCCUCUGGAGAGCAUAUCAAGAGUUGGCUGGUGAUGGACAUCGUUGAUCAUGCUGCUUGCGUCUUCUUAUCUUCUGCCGAAGAGUUGCUGCCUGGCAUAAAUGUUUCCCUGUCUCCCUCUUCAACAUCUACCACUCCUACUUCCCCUCCAGCUUCCUCCUCCUCUACUGCAUUCAACUUAAUUCCAGGAGUAACCCUGUCAUCUAAUUCAACACCUCUUCAUCUCAGCAAUGAGGAUUCGGACUUGCAACUGCUUACAGAAUCUCAGAAAGCUGUUCUAGAAAUAGUUUUAAGGUAUGGUAAUGAGCUUCAGAUCCUGAAUAUUGGUGGAAAUGUGCGUGAUAACCUAAUUGAGGUAUUAAAAUUCACGCAAUCAAAUAUUUUGCUUUCGUCACCUGACAAGUGUGAUUGGUUCACUAUGGCCAUAUUUCUUAUAUAUGGCGGAAAUGUUGAGAGGUAAGAUAUGCAUGCUUUAUGUUUUUUCUUAUCCACUAUAUUGUCUAAUAUAAGAACUCAUAAUAACAAAAUAAAAGGUUAAAUAUUUGGGCACCAUUGGUAGCAUCCCUAGAUUGAAGCACUAACUAUUCAAGACUCUUCCAUCACAUUAGGUAUUGGAUGACCUAUCUUUUCCUUUGGGUCUUAAUACCUUUUCAAAAUGUUUUGUCC